CGGCACACGACUCUUCGUUAUAAACGCUGAACCAUGAGACAUUCUUGCGCAAAUUCGCAUUGUGGUAGUUCAAUUAAAGCUCUGCACUAUGGAAAAGAUCACGGAUAAGAUUAAGGCCCUGCCUAAUGACGCCAACUAUUUCUCUCUCGAAUUCUUCCCUCCAAAAACGUCCGCGGGAUGGGUGAACCUUCAGGCACGCCUUGAACGCAUGUCUCGCGCCUUGCGGCCUUUUUUCGUCAACGUAACCUGGGGAGCGGGCGGCAGCACUGCGACGAAGAGCUUGGAGCUCGCGGAGCUAUGCCAGCAGCAAUUGGGGCUAACGACGUGUCUGCACCUCACAUGCACCAACAUGAACAAGUCUCUUAUCGAUCACGCCCUGGAAAAGGCAAAGGCGAUUGGUGUGCGAAACAUACUGGCCCUUCGGGGCGACCCGCCCCGGAACGAGGAAUAUUUCGACAAGGGCGAGCUCGAAGAGGAGAGCACCGAGUUCGUGUGGGCCGUUGACUUGGUGAAGUACAUCAGAAAGAAAUACGGCGAUUAUUUUUGCAUUGGCGUGGCGGCAUACCCAGAAGGACAUGCUGAUUCCUCGCACCCUGAGCGCCAGGAUCCUCUGUUUGAUCUGCCCUACCUAAUCGAGAAGACGAAGGCGGGUGCCGAUUUCAUCAUGACCCAGCUGUUCUUUGAUGUCCAUGCAUACGAGAAGUUUGAAGAUAUGCUAAGAACGGAGGAGAGUGGUGUCUUUAAAGAUAUCCCGAUAAUUCCCGGGCUUAUGCCGAUUCAAAGCUAUCAAAUAUUGCGCAGAACAACGAAGCUAAGUCACGCAUCGCUGCCAGCGGACAUAAUGAAGAGGCUAGAUGCUGUUAAAGGAGAUGACGAGGCUGUUAAGGCAGUGGGCGUUGAUAUUCUGUGCGAGAUUAUUGGAGAAUUGCAAGCCAAAAAGAGCGUGGGUCCAAGAGGUUUCCAUUUCUACACCCUGAAUCUGGAAAAGACUGUCUCACAAAUUAUUGAACGAUGCCAUUUGCUCAAAGUUGCCGAUGACGACGAUGAAGAUGCCAUUGAGAUUGUCGAGGAACUGUCCGUCACAAAUGGAGCCCCGAAACCACGGAAGGGUAGGGUUUCCAGUGCGCAUUCUGACCCCCAUAACCGUGUUAUUGUCGGCAAAAUCUCAGGGCAUAGGAACAGCGUGUAUGAAACUUUGGAGAAAGAUGCCGGCCUUCCUUCUGACACCCCGACAAGAGCCACGACCUUGGCAAUUUCAGAAGGGGAGGGAUCAAUGGGACGGGAAGCAACCUGGGAUGAUUUCCCCAACGGAAGAUGGGGAGAUGCAAGAUCUCCAGCAUUCGGCGAAAUUGAUGGCUACGGUGUCUCACUCCACGUCUCAAUUCCUCAGGCAAUCAAGAUGUGGGGCCAUCCAGUAACAGUUGGUGACAUAUCAGAUAUCUUUCGGAAGCAUAUAUCUGGAGAGCUAGCGCAGAUUCCCUGGAGCGAAGAAGGUUUGAGUCAGGAGACCGGAACAAUAACGAAUGAGCUCUUGACGCUGAACAAGAAAGGUUGGUGGACCGUGGCUAGCCAGCCUGCCGUCAACGGCCUCAAGAGCAGUCAUGAGAUAUUCGGUUGGGGACCUAGAAAUGGCUUUGUCUUUCAAAAACCCUUUGUCGAAUUCUUCCUCCCAGCAGCAGACUGGACGAGUUUGAAGAAAAAACUGGAGCAACUACCUGAUGAAAUUACGUACUUUGCCGGUAAUGCUCAUGGAGACUUCGAGUCCUCGGAUUUGAAAAGUGUGAACCCUGUGACUUGGGGUACAUUUCCGGGCAAAGAGAUUAUUACACCUACGAUCAUCGAAGCCGUGAGUUUUAGAGCAUGGUUGGAAGAAGCAUUCAGCAUUUGGAGAGAGUGGCAGCACAUCUAUCCCCCAAAAAGUGCAACGGCAAAGUUGCUAGGUGAUAUUAGGAACGGGUAUUGGCUGGUAAACGUGAUUUGCCACGAGUACAGGAACAAGGAUUUACUAUGGACGGUGCUUGGUGAUGAAUAAGGCCAUGAACAAAAGUAAGCAAAAGCAUUUGUACUAUUGGGAUGGGCCAAUUGGAUCGCUACUGCCAUACUGCAUCGGUUUUACUCGGAUUAUUUUGAUAUUUUCAUUUUCCCAGACCUCGAAUUUGGCAGGUUGUCUUCUACCUAUUGAAAUCAAGCCCCAUUCAAUUAUGAAGACUUUGCGAGCUUAAUUUGACCUGCCGGGACUGCCGCAACAUUUAAGGGGGACAGCAUUUGCAAGAUCUCAAAUCAGAUCAAUUUUGCUCAAGUAUUUGACCAUGCUCCGGUCACUUCAAUGUCUGCCGUGCCAUAUUUUCCGAGUUUAUCGUUUUAUUAUCUUGAGUUCCUUGUUCUCCAUGUCAGAUCUAGUAUAAUCAUAAUCCUUAACUUUAUUAUUCA